GGCCGGUGGCGCUGCGCGUGUGUGCGUGCGUGUUAGUGUAACGUAUAAGAUCAAAGCAUGUCGUUCUCUAAGCAGUACCGCGCGGCGUGGUGCGGUACGUGCAUGCGGUGCGGUAGCGAGGAUUUAGUGAUUUAGUUGCAUCAUCGCCGCCAGAAGAUGGACGCCACCAAGAAAUUCGAGAAUCCGAAUCCCCGGGCGUCCGCGAACCCGAUCAGUAAACUGUUCUUCUGGUGGUUGACAAGAUUAUUCUGGUACGGAAAGGAUCAUGACUUGGAGAUGAAAAACGUGUACAACGUUCUGCCGGCCGAUAUCAGCGAACUGUUGGGAAACAAGCUAGAACAAAAUUGGAAGAAUGAAGUGCGCGCGGCCGAAAAGAGCGGCAGGAAGCCAAAAUUUUUCACGGCUCUGAGGAAGACGUUUAUCUGGUCAUUUCUCUAUUACGGAUGGUGGACUUUAUUUCUGUACACGGCCUUGAAGGUCGCGCAACCGUACAUUCUGGGCCUGCUGAUUUGGCAUUUCGAUCCAAGAGCGACAUCCACGUACCAGGAAGCAUAUCUUUACGCAUCCGGCGUAAUAAUCAUAGCGAUAGUGUCGGCUUUGAUCAGCCAUCACUCGAAUCUGGGCCUGAUGGAAGUCGGGAUGCGAAUGAGGAUAGCCAGCUCCUCCCUCAUGUACAGAAAAAUGCUACGCUUGUCCAAGUCCUCCACCACCACUCCGGGACAGAUUAUCAAUCUGUUGUCGAACGACAUGUCGAAAUUCGAUCAGGUGUUCUUGCUGCUGCACUAUAUUUGGAUCAUGCCUAUACAGGGAGCCCUGAUCGCGUUUCUGAUAUGGCGCAGCGUCGGCAUCGCCUCGCUCGCCGGCAUAUUCCUCAUAACGAUUCAAACUAUUCCCGUGCAAGGGUAUAUAAGCAGGUGGACAUCCAAACUGCGUCUGAAGAUCGCAGUGAGGACCGAUGAGAGAGUUCGUCUUAUGUCUGAGAUAGUCAGCGGAAUACAAGUCAUCAAGAUGUACACUUGGGAAAAGCCAUUCCAGGAAUUAGUCAGCCGGGCGAGGAAGUAUGAAAUCGACGUCCUCACGUUAACUUCGUAUCUGAGAGGCUUCACUUUAGCUACAUUCGUCUUCACGGAGAGAACGACAUUGUACUUUACAUUAAUGAGCUACGUAUUUCUCGGACACUCCAUAUCCGCCGAUAAAGUAUUUUCGAUGGCGCAGUACUUUAAUAUCCUUCAACUCACCAUGGCGAUAUUGUAUCCCAUGGCAGUGGCGCAUGCUGCCGAGGCGGCAGUGUCUAUAAAGAGAAUUGAGAAUUUCCUGUUACUAAAUGAAAACGUUCCAUCUAUACAACCUCUGUCAGCUACCAAAGAGACAAGCGUCAUAAUGAAAAAUGUUACCGCAUCGUGGACAACUAUUGCGAUAGUAAAUACAUUACAUAAUAUUAACAUGGAGAUCGAGACUGGAGAACUUUACGCCGUCGUCGGUUCCGUGGGCGCGGGAAAGAGUUCCUUCCUGCAAGCGAUUUUAGGCGAGCUGAAACCGUUGACCGGCCAGAUAUACGUAGGCGGCAAGAUCUCGUACGCCAGUCAGGAGCCCUGGCUGUUCGCCGGCACCGUGCGCAGCAACAUUUUAUUCGGCCAGCCUUACGACAAAGAUAAAUAUCAAAGGGUGAUCAAGGUAUGCGCUCUCGUGAAAGAUUUCGAGCAACUCCCGUACGGCGAUAAGACUUUGGUCGGCGAUAGGGGCACGGCGCUCAGCGGCGGACAACGUGCGAGAAUCAAUUUGGCAAGAGCCGUCUAUAGAGAUGCCGAUAUCUACCUCUUCGAUGAUCCUUUGUCAGCGGUUGACACUCACGUCGGCAGACAUCUGUUCGACGAAUGCAUAAAUGAUUAUUUGAAGAAUAAAACACGGGUACUCGUCACUCAUCAGCUGCAGUACUUAAAGCAGUGCGACUAUGUCGUUGUUCUGAAUAAUGGCCAGAUCGAGAACGAAGGCCCGUUCAAGGCUCUUCAAGAGAAGCGUACAGACUUCCUGGAGAUAUUGGCGAAAGGCGAGGAAUCUAACGAAGAUCCGAGCGAGUUGUUGAAGAUCGACGCGAAUCUCACUCUCGAUUUAAACCAAAGCGAUGCGAACGACGAAGAUGCGGAAGAAGAUGAGCCCGAGGAGACUGAGGAGCUCCUUGCCAAGGGAAGCGUAUCGGGGUCGCUUUACUGGAAGUAUCUCCGUAGCGGCGGCUCGAUCUUCAUGAUCGUUAGCUUCCUGUUCUGUAUGAUUCUGGGACAAAUCGGGAGCAGCGGUUGCGAUUACUGGGUUGGUUACUGGACGAAGCAAGAAGAAAUACACAUCAAGGCUAUGCGCGACCGGCACCGCAAUAGAUCGGAUGAUUUUACGAUCAAGUCCUCCAACAUGGCGGAGGUAGAUAAUGAAUUUGAAUUUCCGACAACUACAAACGAUUGGGAUGGCAACGUCAGCUCGAUGAUAAUAUUCAACGAUAAUGACACCGCACCGCCACAAGACUUUAAUGCCACGAAAAUUAUAGAUGAGGAUCUGUACUAUCUCGAUCCGAAUACGGCCUUGUGGAUCUACGGAGGUUUUAUCAUUGUCAGCAUCGUGAUGACAACCGGACGAAAUUUGAUCUUUUACAAGAUUUGCAUGAACGCCAGCAAGAAUCUACAUAACUUCAUGUUCUCGUGUUUGCUCAAGGCGCCGAUGUUAUUCUUCGAUAACAAUCCAGCUGGUCGGAUCUUGAAUCGCUUCUCGAAGGACAUUGGCGCGGUCGACGAAAUCUUACCCAGGACCAUGAUAGAGUCCAUCCAGAUAUUCGCGGUGAUGAUCGGAAUUCUGGUGCAAGUGCUCAUCAUCAAUUGGUGGAUCAUAUUCGCCAUAAUCGUCAUGGGGAUUUUGUUUGGCGUGAUAAGAAAGAUCUACGUUCCAACAGCGCAAACUGUAAAACGAUUAGAGGGAAUCGCGAAAAGUCCCGUCUUCUCGCACGUCAAUUCCACGCUAUCGGGCCUGACGACAAUACGUUCCGCCGGCGCCCAGGCAAUGGUUCGUAAGCAGUUCGACGAGCACCAGGAUUUGCACACCUGUACUUACUCGCUAAGCGUCGCGAUGAGCACGGCGUUCGGCUUCGCGUUGGAUGUGGUGUCCAUCAGUUUCGUCGCCGUUGUCACGUACAGCUUCGUCGCGCUGGACGACGGAAACACCUUUGCCGGCAAUGUCGGUUUAGCGAUCUCGCAGGUGCUCAUUUUAUGCGGUAUGCUGCAAUACGGAAUGCGUCAGACGGCCGAGACGGUUACGCAGAUGACGAGCGUCGAGAGAAUAAUGCAGUUCACUGAGCUCGAGAAAGAGGGACCGUUCGAGAGCAAUCCGACGGAUAAACCAUCGAGCAAUUGGCCCUCCAAGGGGGAAAUUAAAUUUGAUGGUGUCUCUCUCCAAUACUCCGAGUCGGAGCCACCCGUUCUUAAAUCUCUAAACUUCGUCAUCGAACCCGGCAUGAAGAUUGGAAUAGUUGGACGCACCGGAGCCGGAAAGUCUUCUCUGAUCGCCGCUCUGUUUCACAUGGCCAAGCUCGACGGCGCAAUCUACAUCGACAACGUUAACACGAAGAAGAUCGGCCUGCACGAUCUGAGGAACAAGAUAUCCAUAAUACCGCAGGAGCCGGUGCUGUUCUCCGCGACGCUCCGCGACAAUCUCGAUCCCUUCCACAAUUUCCACGACGCCGAUCUGUGGGGCGCGUUGGAAGAGGUUGAGCUGAAGGACGCGAUGAUCUCCCUGGACUACUGCGUCGAGCAAGGCGGCAGCAACUUCAGCGCCGGGCAGCGGCAGCUGGUCUGCCUGGCCCGCGCGAUCUUGCAGGACAACAAGAUCCUCGUGCUGGACGAGGCUACCGCCAACGUGGAUCCAACGACGGAUGCGCUCAUACAGAGCACGAUCCGGAAGAAGUUCAAGAGCUGCACCGUGCUGACGAUAGCGCACAGGUUGAACACCAUAAUGGACAGCGACAAGGUACUGGUGAUGGAUCACGGCCGAGUGCUGGAGUUUGAUCACCCGCACGUUCUCUUGCGGAACGAGCAGGGGCAUUUCAGCAGCAUGGUCCAGGAGACUGGCAAGCUGAUGACCGAACAGCUUAAGCAAAGCGCUAGAGAGGCUUACGAGCAAAAAUAUUGAUCCACGUGAGUGGAUCCUUCGCAGUUGCACACAUUCGUAGGAAUAUAUAUUACUCUAUUUAGAAGAGUAUAUGCUACAAGCACGCUGAUAUAUUAAUGAUCCGACGGAUUCAUUUCAUCUUUUUUUAUUGAACUUUAGCUCGUUUUUAUUCGUGGUGUCUAGCGACAACAGAAUAAUUCCAGAUUCUAGUACUUAUUCUUGUACUAUUUGUACUUUUUAUAUACAUUUAUUAUAUAUAUUAUGUAGAAGCUCCUAUUUUUGAUAGAUAUUUUUAUUUUUGAACGAGAAGCACUCUUAUCAUGUUUGUUAGCUAUUUACCAUCACUCGUGCCUUCGUAACAAUUUUGCAAGCAAUACUUUACAGAAGUUUGCAAAAGCAAAAGGAAUUGAUAUUUGUAUCAUGACAAGAUGGAAAGGAACUGGGGUAAAUAAGUUCCUUUGUAACUAGUUUUUAACGAUUCUCGAAAUGUAUUAUAUAAAAAUAAAAAAUAUACACACGU